AAAAUUUUGACGUUUGAUUUUGAAUUUGAAAAAAUUAAUUAUUGUUUUUAUAAUAAAUUCAAAGAAAGAGGCUGUUCGUGUGCAUAAAUUUCGUCCAAAUGACUUCAAACACAACACAAGCCCAAAGAGAAACAAUGUUAGAGUAUAUGAAGAAAUACCCAACAAUGGCUACAAACUCUCCAGCAGAGAGUUCUUUGGGCAGACAAAGUUCCCAAAAACUUUGGGAGGAGCUUUGCCAAAUCUUAAACUCAAAUGGUCCACCUGUUAAGAAUAUUAAAGCCUGGAAAAAGACAUGGGCAGACUAUAAGCAUCGCGCAAAAACAAAACUGGCAAAAAAUAAAAAUUCGUUGCAAAAAACUGGCGGUGGUCCAUAUAAGGAAGUACAACUUACUCCUUUUGAGGAGGCUGUUGCGGAGCUGGCCAAAAUUAAAGCCGCAGUACUUGGUAUAACUGACGCGAAGUCUUUUGGUGGAGAAAUAGCGGUUAGAAAUUCAUCAACAAAACCGUCAACCUCAAAAGAGCCUAUGAAUAUCGAAGAUGAGGUAGAACAGUUGCUGAAGAACGUUCUAAGUGAAAGCGAGUCUGAUACUUCAGAUGACUCAGUUGAAGUUGAGAAUGAUGUUCCAAUUGUCCCAGAACCGAAAAAAAAUACGAAAACUACUCAGAAGGCAUCUUCAUCCGGGUGUUCGGACAGGCUGGAAUUGUUCAAGAACUCUGCUAGUUCUAGUGAAGAAUUUCAACAAAAAUUGAUUGGCGUUUUAAUUGAAAUCAGGGAUCUCAAACAAGAUCAAAUUAACAUCUUGAAGAAACAAGCCGCAGACAAUCUUAAUCUACAGAUACAAAAGUUAAAUCUACGUGAGCAAGAGAUACAAAUUGCAUUAAGGAGAAAUGAACUCGAGGAGUUGAAAUUAGGUUCAAAAACCAAUUCGUAGUGUGCCAAUUUCUUAAUGCUUUUUUUUUUCCUUAUCGUUAUGAUGAUUAA